CAAAUGUCAUAGCCCUUAACAAGAUUCACAAGGAGAGAGAGAGAGAGAGAGAGAAGAUAAAGCGAAAAGAUCCAAAGCUUUAUUUCUUUCUCUCUUUCAUUUUCUUUUCUGCAAAAUAGGAAGAUUGAAGAACAUUUUGUGUUCAUCUUCUUCGAUAAAAACAAGACCUUGGUGUGGUGGGGUCUCUUAUUCAUUCCUGGCCUUGCGAUUCCGAUAAAACUAAGACCAUCCCAAAUCCAAAUCCACUUGUUCUUCGCAUAAUAAAUAUAUAGAUUGAUAAAUAGAUAGAGAGAGAAAGAGUUACCUACCUAUUACCAUCUAUCUCUUUCUCUCUCUAUCGAGCUUUGUCUCCUCCUCGUGUUCUCAUGGAAGCCUCACCCAAUGAUCGCCUUCAUUUCGGAAUAAUGGGUUUCGGGUGCGACCAUUACAAUAGGAGAUGCCAAAUCAGAGCUCCAUGUUGCAACGAAGUCUUCCCUUGUCGCCAUUGUCACAAUGAGAGCACUAGCACAUUGCGUAAUAUCUAUGACCGUCACGAGCUUGUUCGUCAAGAUGUUAAACAAGUGAUUUGCUCUGUUUGCGAUACAGAGCAGCCGGUAGCCAAAGUUUGCACCAACUGUGGUGUCAACAUGGGAGAGUACUUCUGCGAUAUCUGCAAGUUCUAUGAUGACAAUACUGAAAAAGAACAGUUCCAUUGUGAUGACUGUGGAAUUUGCAGAGUUGGUGGGCGUGAGAACUUCUUUCAUUGCAAGAAGUGUGGUUCUUGUUAUGCGAUUGGGCUGCGCAACAACCAUCGCUGCGUUGAGGAUUCAAUGCGGCAUCACUGUCCCAUUUGUUACGAGUAUCUCUUUGACUCUCUUAAAGACACAACAGUGAUGAAAUGCGGACACACCAUGCACUGUGAAUGCUAUCAGGAGAUGCUCAAGCGUGACAAAUUUUGCUGUCCGAUUUGCUCGAGGUCGGUGAUUGAUAUGUCAAAAACAUGGCAGAGAAUGGAUGAAGAGAUUGAAGCUACUUCUAUGCCUUCAGAUUAUCGCGACAAGAAGGUUUGGAUACUGUGCAAUGACUGUAACGACACAACAGAGGUAUACUUCCAUAUAAUCGGUCAGAAAUGUGGACACUGUAGAUCUUACAACACCAGAGCCGUCGCACCUCCUGUCCUUCCUCAAUGAAAACACCAAACAUCUUUCAUGUAUUGCCACCAGAAAGCAACCAAAGAAAAAAACUCUGAUCAAUGAUUCAAUAUGAUCAUUGUUCACAAAAGCAAGACUCACAUUUGUCUUCUUCAUGAUUCUAUUUGUUGUUGUUCUUAUAUGAUUAUGUUUAUUUACCAUUAAUAUUUAUGUGUGAGAAUGCCAGGGUAAUGUAUAAUAUAUUAUAUUCUUGAUCCAGGAAAAAAUUACCUGUGAUUAUAUGUUUCAUAACU